AUGGCCACGAUCGAGCCACGCUUGAUUCACCUGCUCAACGAGUCGACGACGCCCCAGCUUCCGCAUACCGACCUCCCUCCGCUUCACUCUCUGCCCCUCCCAAAGUCCUCGGACCGGCCCUUGCCCCCGCUCGAACCGGACACAAGCCACCGAGGCGACAGACCCGACAGACACGGCGCCGAUGGCCAACCGCUGUCCAACCCGGCAGGUCUGCUGUAUCUCACCGUCGACGACGGCUCUUUAGAUCCCCGGAAGAACAACACUCGCGUAGAGGGGAAGCAUGCGGGCACGGCAGCGGCUUUCCCGCUGCGGUUGCUGCUGGGAGAGACUGAGGCUUCGGAAUCAUCCCACUCGCUCAACAAGAUUCUAGACGACAACCUGGACGCUCUAGACGACGCCUCCAACAAGAAACGCCACCGCGGCAUGCACGUCAAAGAUGAUUUUGUCCAACUUCCACAGCCUCUCAAAAAGCAAAAGGCUGCUCAGGCGGCCCCGGUCAUGCCACCCAUCAUCAAUGGUCUACACGAGCCCCCACCGCAUGCCGCCUUGUUCCCACCCAUAUCCUCCGACUCCUUCGAUGGCAAGGACGGAAAUCAAAUGAAGCUACUGCACGAACUCAAUCAAACGUCCCCGGAAGCCGAGAAAAUUAAUAAUUACAACAAGGCGAGGAAGCGGGCCACGAAACCAAGGAGAAAGUGGUCCGAGGAGGAGACCAAUCACCUCUUGUUGGGCGUCAACCGUCAUGGAGUUGGAAAAUGGACUAGCAUUUUGGAAGACGCUGAUUUCAAGUUCAACGACCGGACAGCCGGGGAUUUGAAGGAUAGGUUCAGGACAUGUUGUCCGGAUGAGCUUCGCAGAAACAAGGCCUCGUUCGGCUCCCAGUCAAGCAAAUCGCGAGAUUCGAGACAAAAGACCAAAGGCGACACACAUCUGGAAAAGAUCCUGAUAGAUGGCGAGGCCUCAUUGAACACGGAACCAUCAACGGGUAAUGACACUGAGACAAACCCAAGACAGAAGAAGAGCCGGGCGCAUCGCAAAAAGAUGGAGGAUCUUGUUGAACUUGGCAUACAUGGGCCGUUUAAGAAAUCCCACCGACGAGAGCGGCGCCCCUUCACGGAACAGGAUGACCGAGAGAUUUUAGAGGGUCUUAACCAGCAUGGACCUGCAUGGACUAAGAUCCAGCGCGACCCACGCUUCCAUCUUGCCACCAGACAACCAACCGAUCUGAGAGACCGGGUGCGCAACAAGUACCCUAGCAUCUAUCACCGUAUAGAAAAGGGCACUUUUCAGGCUAACGAUGCUGGCCGCGGUAACGACAUCAUGGAACCGUCGAUCAACAUGUCGAUCAACAACUCUUUCCAGCCGUCAAACACCACUCUUGAGCUACAAAUGAACCCCGCAGCUUCAAGGGAGGACUUGCCUCGAUGGCCCCUUCAACGGGUGGACGCACUUGAGAGCUCGCAUUCCGGCCAAGGAUUCGAAUUUGGAGAGUCGGCAACUCCUCAAUUUAUGGGAGGGGAGAUGGACAUAUCGAGACUCUUACUUGAUGACGCCCAGAUCUCCCAAGGAAUCUCGCGGAUGGGCGUCGAGUCCUCUGGCACCACACUCUCAGAGUCGCGCCGGGAAGGCCUUGGAAAAACCACAGAGAGGGCAAAACAUACCGUAAAAUAA